CGGAGCCGCCGCCGCAGCCGCGGAGCCGCGAGCAGCGCCGGCCGGGCCGGGAUGUGACGGGGCGGCUGCCCCGCGCCCGCUGCGCCGCUGCCCCGGGCCCGCGGGCCCCGCGCCCCGGGAGGCUGUCGGGGGGCGGCGGCGGCGGCGGGUCCCCCCCCGCCGCCCCCAUGUCGGAGGGGCCGCCCUACGGCGAGGGGCAGCUGGCGGGGGACGCGGCCGUGGGGCAGCUGCCCUUCCCCGUUCGCCUCCGCGGCGGCGACGGGCUCCUGGCCGGCGGGCAGGGCAAGCGGCCGCCCAAGCUGGGGCAGAUCGGCCGCAGCAAGAGAGUGGUUAUUGAAGAUGAUAGAAUCGACGAUGUGCUGCAAAACCUCUCCGAAAAGGCCCCUCCCGGUGUUUAAAGCCUCCCCGGGGACGCUGGGCUGAAGGCCGGGGCGGGGUCGGUUUACAAUGGCACAGGUGACCGGCAAGAAAUGAACCCCCAACCCCGCAGCGACCGCCCGAGCUCCGCCAGCGCCGCCCGCAGUCCCGCGGCACGUCCGGACGGGAGGGCGGGGAGCGAGCGGAGCCCAGCCGCGACUCCAAAAAAUGAUAAUAAAUUAAAAAAUAUAGAUGUGUAAUCGGGAAAAUUGUCACCUGCUUCCAAGCCCCCACCCCGAGGGAUGGACGGAGGAGUCCCGCCGCGGCUCUGAGUGACUCGGGAUCGCUCUCCUCGGGUGAUGAACCUUGUGCCGCGCUAGAUCGGGGGGGUAAGAGGAGAGGGGGCAGCGGGAGAUGGAGGGGGACAGCCCCUGGGGUCUCCCUCCGGCCAGGGUUGUUCCCAGCGGGCACCUUGUUUACAUUAUUUAAUCUUGCAAAAAUGAAUCCGUGCACUUGGAUGUACCACGCUAUCCCCUUCUGUAUGAGUUUCUUUUUGUUUUUUCUUUUUUUAUGUUGAUGUCUUUGGAUGUUGGGAAAUUAUAUAAAAUAGAUAUAUAUAUAUAUUUAAUUUUAGUCACGUUUUAAGGUUCUCGAGGGGGAAAACCAAAACUUUUAUAAAGGAAAGGCCUGAAGGAAGAAUUGCUGGUUUAUUUUUUAAAGCUUGUACUUGGUUGCUGUGAGCAAAGGGACAGAUUUUAUAUGUAUGGGGGGUGGGGGGGAUGCUCAGCUUUUCUAACUACCAUGCAGUCUGUAGUGUGGGUGAUCUUGGUUUGUUUUUUUUUAUUUUUUUCCUUAUAUUGUGGCAGUUUCCUCUCUUUAAUAGACUGUAUUAAAACAUAUAUAUAAAAAGAAAUUAUUUAAUGUAAUCACAAGAGUGCCAAACACUUGGAGAUGCUGGAGGGCAGCGAUUCCCUCCCUGAGAUGAGCAGCACUCAGAGCUCUCUGCUCUUUCUAGGGCUCGGUCGAUCUCUCGUGGGGUUUUCUCUGACUUCUCUUUUCUAAUCUUUCUUUUUAACUAUUUUGCAUGAUGUGCAUAAAAAACAAAAGGGGAAAAAAAAGCGGGGGGGAAACAAAAAGCGCCUCUGGCGCCCAGGCUUGGUUCUUGUUUCUGUUUGCGAUUGACUGACAGACCUCAAGGCAGGUUUUUCUUUCCUCCUUUUCUUAAAUAUUGUGUAUGUUGCACUUUUAUCCACUACACAGGGCUAUUUCUGCAAUGUCCGAAUAAAAAGGAAAAUGAAACAAAACGGAAAAAAAAAAAUUAUAAAUGCGGAUCUGCCGUGUUUUCCCAUGGGCUGCCAGGGCCCAGCGCCGUGAGCACCCCUCCCUGACCACCCAAAGAAUCCCAAAAUAAUGAAGGAAAACCUCCCCACCCGCUGGCACAGACCCCUGUUCAUGCUGAAUAACUAAUUGUAAAUAAUAUUUAUUUGUGGGAUUUUUUUUGUUUGAUG